UGGCUGUUCGCCUUGUUUUUGUCAGAAUCCGGAAGCGAUCACAUUUCAUCUCACUGUUUGGAGAAUAAGUUUGAAUGCAAGAGCGCAGAAGUCUUAUUUGCAGGUGGGAGCAGUAGAGCCGCCUCCUCGUUUGGACCCUUGUCUCAGUGGAUCCUGACGUGCGACGCUCCCCCUGCUGGCGCUAGAGAGUGGCGAGGCCUCAGGAGAGCGCACGUAUGUCCGCCCGCAACGGGUCUGCCAGCGACGCAGACUGCCAGAUCUCCGAGGACUGCCGCGUCCCCGCCGACCUGGAGCUGAUGGAGCUGGGGCCCCUGCUGGAGGGGGCCAACCAGCCUGGGGGGGGCAAGAGCAUCGCCGCCGAGGGGUCGGCCUGUGUGGCGGAGGAGGAUGAGGACGAUGACGAGGUGGGGGAGGUGCUCACACUGCCCCUGCAGGCACAUCACGCCAUGGAGAAGAUGGAGGAGUUUGUGCACAAGGUGUGGGAGGGGCGCUGGCGUGUGAUCCCGUUCCACGUGCUGCCGGAGUGGCUGAAGGAUAACGACUACCUGCUGCACGGCCACCGCCCCCCCAUGCCCUCCUUCAGAGCCUGCUUUGGCUCCAUCUUCAGGAUCCACACCGAGACCGGCAACAUCUGGACUCACCUGCUGGGGCUGAUCCUGUUCAUCUGCCUGGGCACCCUGACGAUGCUGAGGCCCAACGUGUACUUCAUGGCUCCGCUGCAGGAGAAGGUGGUGUUCGGCAUGUUCUUCCUGGGAGCCGUGCUCUGCCUCUCCUUCUCCUGGCUCUUCCACACCGUCUACUGCCACUCCGAGAAAGUCUCGCGCACCUUCUCCAAGUUGGACUACUCUGGCAUAGCGCUGCUGAUCAUGGGCUCGUUUGUGCCGUGGCUGUACUACUCGUUCUACUGCUCGCCCCAGCCGCGGCUCAUCUACCUCACCAUCGUGUGUGUGCUCGGCAUCGCCGCCAUCGUGGUGGCCCAGUGGGACCGCUUCUCCACGCCACGCCACCGCCCCACUAGAGCAGGAGUGUUCAUGGGCCUGGGUCUGAGUGGCAUAGUUCCCACGAUGCACUUCACCAUCGAGGAGGGCUUUGUGAAGGCCACGACGGUGGGCCAGAUGGGCUGGUUCUACCUGAUGGGGGCCAUGUACAUCACCGGCGCCGGCCUCUACGCCGCACGCAUCCCCGAGCGCUACUUCCCCGGGAAGUGCGACAUCCUGUUCCACUCUCACCAGAUCUUCCAUGUGCUGGUGGUGGCGGCGGCCUUCAUCCACUUCUACGGCGUCUCCAACCUGCAGGAGUUCCGCUACGGCCUGGAGGGCGGCUGCACCGACGACACUCUGCUCUGAAACGCAACACGCUCACACACACACACACCCACACACAUACACACACACAUACACACACACACCUCUCCCUCCUCCUCAGAAAUGUGCUGCUGGAUAAAUGAAUAGGUCAUGACCUCUCCUCUCUUUCUCCCUCUCUGCACUCUGCACUCCCUCUCUCCCUCUCUCCUCUCCUCUCUGCUCUCCAUCCUCCCGGCCUCUUGGGUUGUUUAGUGUGGAGCUGCUGGACCUCCAGGUGGGGCGAUGCUGCAGCAGCACGCUCUGGUGAGCCCAGUUGAAGGGGUCAGCUGUAGUGGGUGGGUGGGGUUAUCUCUCUCGGGUAAGUUGGGUUAUCUCUCUCGGGUUAGUUGGGUUAUCUCUCUCGGGUAAGUUGGAUUCAAGGGGUUAGCGAUGAGGGAUAGCAUCUCUCAUCUCUUUAUCAUAAGCUGGAUUGAGGGGGUUAGCUGUAGCGGGUGGGGUUAGCAUCUGAUGCUAAGAGGUUAGCCGCUGAUUAACCUCUCUGGUCAGUUGGGUUAGCAUCUGAUGCUAAGAGGUUAGCCGCUGAUUAACCUCUCUGGUCAAUUGGGUUAGCAUCUGAUGCUAAGAGGUUAGCCGCUGAUUAACCUCUCUGGUCAAUUGGGUUAGCAUCUGAUGCUAAGAGGUUAGCCGCUGAUUAACCUCUCUGGUCAAUUGGGUUAGCAUCUGAUGCUAAGAGGUUAGCCGCUGAUUAACCUCUCUGGUCAAUUGGGUAAAUGGGUUUCCUCAGCGGUAUUAGCACCUGACUCUUAACACACACACUCCUCACCCAAAACAGUGGCGACUAUUUCAAUCUUUCUACACACACUCCUCACCCAAAACAGUGUUGACUAUUUCAAACGCUUCUUCUUCAGUCCGGCCCAAGAGGGCUUCCCUCACAGACAGCAGAGGAUGCUGGGACGCAUACGGCCCUAGUCUGGUCCGGACCAGAACCGGCCUCUUUCUGGGCUGGGGAGGAAGUGAGGGCAUUGCCUCCGCCAUCUGGCCCGUCACACGAUUGGCUAAUCCUCAGACAGGGCAUCCAAUCCGUGAACACGUAAACGAUGUGUUGUUUUUUCUAAGCAGACUGGGAACGCACAAAGGGUGUGAUGGUGGGUAGAAUAACCAGGUCAAAGGUCAAACCCACUCUCGAGGUUCCACUGGUAUCCGGAGCGUUCUCCGUGAGGUCGACCUCAGAACUCAAGGUCAAGCUGGUGCACCUUCCGGUGGCAUCACUCCAGACGAGAGCAGACAGUGCAGCGCCAGGCCGCCUGCACCAUAGAUAUAGAAAGCUCUAUAUGUCUAUACCAUAGAUAUAUAUAUAUGUCUAUGGCCUGCACCAUAGAUAUGUAAAGCUCUAUGUGUCUAUACCAUAGAUAUGUCUAUGGCCUGCACCAUAGAUAUAGAAAGCUCUAUAUGUCUAUACCGUAGAUAUAUAGACCAUAGAUAUGUAAAGCUUUAUGUGUCUAUGGCCUGCACCACGUGUACAAUAUAGAUAUAGAAAGCGUUAUAUGUCUAUGGCCUGCACUACGUGUACAAUAUAGAUAUAUAAAGCUUCAUAUGUCUAUGGCCUGCACUACGUGUACAAUAUAUAUAUAUAAAGCUUUAUAUGUCUAUGGCCUGCACCACGUGUACAAUAUAGAUAUAUAAAGCGUUAUAUGUCUAUGGCCUGCACUACGUGUACAAUACUCCUCUAGUAUUCCUGUGCCUUAGGCCACUGGAAAUAGUUUUAAAUAGUUUUGGGCCAACACUGCAGUCUAGUGAACUUAGGGUCUUGCAUAUAAAUAUUCUUUUUUUCUUACUCCAAUCCAGUCACUAGUGAAUGAAUGUUGACCUCCAUCAAACUGCUGUAUAUGGCCACUAGUGUUAGCUCUCUUUUCAAUAAGCUUACUUUAUGUGGCGUUAUUUCAAAGACUAAAACAAUCUGUGUAUUCAUUUCUUGUUAUGUGUAGACAAGUGGUAAAUCAAACAUUUCACUGAAAUUGUGAAGAUUAAAAUAAAUAUUUAUGAAUGAUAAAA